GCUGAACGGGGGUCCUUUUCCUCGUGGAGGAUGAAGGUGAAAGUGUUGAGCCGGAAUCCGGAUGACUACGUCCGCGAAACCAAGCAGGACCUUCAGCGGGUUCCCCGAAAUUAUGAUCCUGCAUUACAUCCAUUUGAAGUUCCACGGGAAUACACAAGGGCUCUAAAUGCCACAAAGUUGGACCGUGUGUUUGCAAAGCCUUUUAUUGCAUCAUUAGAUGGCCACAGGGAUGGUGUUAACUGCAUGGCUAAGCAUCCACAGAGCUUGUCUACAGUUUUGUCUGGCGCUUGUGAUGGAGAGGUUAGAAUUUGGAACUUGAUGAAGCGCGAAUGCAUCCGUACAUUACAAGCGCAUGAGGGCUUUGUGCGAGGAAUAUGUACCCGUUUUUGUGGUACCUCUUUCUUUACGGUUGGUGAUGAUAAAACUGUGAAGCAUUGGAAGAUGGAGGGGCCAGCUUAUGGUGAACCAGAGGAACCAAUACAUACAAUUCUUGGAAAGACUGUGUACACAGGAAUUGAUCAUCAUUUGAAAGAACCUAUUUUUGCCACUUGUGGUCAUCAGGUUGAUAUCUGGAAUGAACAAAGAACCAGUCCAUUAUGCUCUUUGACUUGGGGAGUUGACAGCAUAAGUAGUGUUAAAUUCAAUCCAAUUGAGAUGUAUCUUUUGGGAAGUUGCGCUUCAGACAGGAAUAUUGUAUUAUAUGACAUGAGACGAUCAACCGCUCUGAAGAAGGUUAUCUUAGAUAUGAGAACAAAUACUCUGUGCUGGAAUCCCAUGGAAGCUUCCAUUUUCACUGCAGCAAAUGAGGACUACAACUUGUACACUUUUGAUAUGCGAUUUCUUGACAAGCCUUUAAUGGUUCAUAUGGAUCAUGUGUCUGCAGUCCUUGAUGUGGAUUACUCCCCUACUGGGAAAGAAUUUGUGUCUGCCAGCUUUGAUAAAUCUAUUCGUAUUUUUCCUGUAGACAAAGGUCACAGCAGGGAAGUCUAUCAUACAAAACGAAUGCAGCAUGUCAUCACUGUCAAAUGGACAUCUGACAAUAAGUAUAUUUUGUGUGGUUCUGAUGAAAUGAAUAUUCGUUUGUGGAAAGCUAAUGCUUCCGAAAAGCUGGGUGUGCUUAGUCCCCGAGAGAAAGCAGCUAUGCUCUAUAACCAAAAACUGAAGGAAAAAUUCCAGCACCACCCCCAGAUCAAACGCAUAGCUCGCCAUCGUCACUUGCCGAGGAUAAUCUACAGCCAAGCCAAGGAACUACGCAUCAUGAGAGAAGCUCGUCGGCGAAAGGAACUGAACCGGCGGAAGCAUAGUAAGCCUGGAUCUGUACCGCUCGUGUCAGAGAAGAAGAAACAUAUUGUGGCUGUAGUGAAAUAAUAGUUUACAUGGUUACCAAAUUUUAGUGUUCAUUGUUACCAAAUAUAAUCUGAAGAUUUUACUUUUUACCUCCCUGAUCCUUUGCCACUGUGAAACUAUUGAUUGUUGGACAUUAUAUUAAA